AUGCGUGGCGAUCUGCGACAUCGUUAUCCAUUGUUAGUUAAAAUGGCAGAUAGUUCACAACCAGCUGAUAAAUUAUUAAUAAGAUCAUUACAGGGUGUCCCAAAAGUCCCCGUAAAAGUUGAUAUUGAAGAUUCAUUACGAGCUGUUGAACAAAGAUUCGAACAAUUAGCACAACAGUUGAAAGAAGAAUUCGAAAUGGCUAUGCGGCCAAUACGAGACGAACUAAAUGAUGCAAAACAACAGCUAAACGAUGCAAAACAACAGCUAAACGGUGCAAAACAGCAAAUAAAAGGACUGAAUCAGAAACAAGAGAAACUAGGUGAAAAGCAUCAAGAACAAAUUAUCAUUGUACACACAGAGAAAAAGAAAGAACUACAAAAGAUAAUUGAAAAAGUUCGUCGUGGUCGUGGUGAUAUGAAUUAG